AUUUGAUUCUUCGCCGAUGUUAAAGAUAAGGGGAGAAACAAAGUUCAGUCUAUAAAUACGAUUCCCCGCCUCCCGCCAAUGCCACCUCACACUCACUAAGCAUAUCUGCUACUUCCCCCACACAAUAAUUAAUAAAUGCUCCAUCUUCCGUCCCUACUCUGUAAGUAAGUAAGACUCCGCGGGCUCUGCUUUGUCUGCUUGCUGGGCUGGAGUCGCUUGACUCAACAUGGAACCUCCGAUGAGUAUCUUCUUCCCCGUCUUCGCUCUAUUCCUCCUCGCUUUGCCGGGCUCUUCCGCCGCCGCCAGAAUUGCCCAAGAGGCACCGGCGCCGGUUGCCGCAAGCCGAACUGAUACCAACGUGCUGAGUCGGGACAAGUUCCCGGAUGGCUUCGUCUUCGGGACGGCGGCGUCCGCUUACCAAGUGGAAGGCAUGGCGCUUAAGGACGGCCGUGGGCCGAGCAUUUGGGAUGCCUUCGUCAAGAUUCCUGGGGAAAUAAAGAACAAUGCCACAGCUGCAGUCACUGUGGAUGAGUACCACCGAUACAAAGAGGAUAUUAAUAUAAUGAAAAAUAUGAACUUCGAUGCCUACCGGUUCUCUAUUUCGUGGUCUCGGAUCUUUCCAAACGGAUCUGGAAAUGUUAACUGGAGGGGCGUAGCUUACUACAACAGAUUAAUAAACUACAUGAUACAGCAAGGCAUCACUCCAUAUGCAAAUCUCUAUCACUACGACUUACCAGAAGCACUGGAGAAGAGUUACAAUGGCUUGUUGAGCAAAAAUGUUGUGAAGGACUAUGCAGAUUAUGCAGAAUUUUGUUUCAAAACUUUUGGAGACAGAGUAAAGAACUGGUUUACAUUUAAUGAACCAAGAGUUGUUGCAGCUCUUGGAUAUGAUAAUGGCAUUUUUGCUCCUGGAAGGUGCACAGGCUGCACUCCUGGCGGCAACUCUACUACAGAACCUUACAUUGUUGCCCACAAUCUGAUCUUAUCUCAUGCUGCUGCAGCAAAAGUAUAUCGUGAUAAAUAUCAGGUUAGUCAGAAAGGCAGGAUAGGUAUUCUGCUGGAUUUUGUUUGGUAUGAACCUCUUACAAAUUCAACAGCUGAUGAAGCAGCAGCUCAAAGGGCAAGAGACUUCCAUAUCGGAUGGUUUCUCCACCCUAUAAUAUAUGGCGAGUAUCCAAAAUCAGUGCAAGAAAUUGUCAAGGAAAGGCUUCCAACUUUCACUGCAGAAGAGAUUAAUAUAGUGAAAGGUUCUGCAGAUUACGUAGGAGUUAACCAAUACACAUCAUACUACAUGUUUGAUCCACAUCUUCCAAGCCAACCACCAACUGGCUAUCAAACAGACUGGAAUGUUGGAUUUGCUUAUCAACGCGAUGGUGUGCCUAUAGGACCAAGGGCAUACUCAGACUGGCUGUAUAUUGUCCCAUGGGGAAUGUACAAAGCUGUAACAUAUGUGAAGGAGAAUUAUCAGAACCCAAUAAUCAUUCUAUCUGAAAAUGGAAUGGAUGAUCCUGGUAAUGUGACUCUUCCAGUUGGAGUGCAUGAUACAACAAGACUGAAUUACUAUAAGAGCUACAUAACUGAGCUAAAGAGGGCAAUUGAUGAUGGAGCUACUGUGAUAGGCUAUUUUGCUUGGUCUUUGCUGGAUAACUUUGAGUGGAAAUCGGGCUACACUUCAAGGUUUGGAAUUGUAUAUGUGGACUUCAAAACCCUCAGGCGCUACCCAAAGAUGUCAGCUUACUGGUUCAGGGAUUUGCUUCAGAAGAAGAAAUAAUAUAUAUAGCGUGGUAAUUUUUCGCUUGAAUUUCUAGUUGUGUGAUGGAGUGAACUACUUUAUCAAGUUGUUGAGAAUUAGGCUGUGUGUAGAGUUUAAAUGGUUCUGAAAAGGGUAUGAUGGGCUUAUUUCGUUGGUAAAAGACUAUGUUUUAUGUUGUACGUUACACCUGCAGCAGUUAUUUGUCUGUAUCAUGAUGUUUGGAAAAAUAUUAAAAAUGAAUAAAAUGGCGCUGUGUGGUAUUUCGGUGUAAA